AUGUCGUUCAAUUUUGAUAUAGAUGAGGCCGACGUCGCAGUGCUCACUCAGAACUUAACGAAAUCGAAGGAACUAUUCAGUUCAAUUUCUAAAUCUUUGAAUAAAAUAUCGACUAAGUCUGGAACUGCUUCCAAAAAGAUUAAGCCGGUCCUUAAACAGGUGAAUAGAUUAAACGAAUCCAAAACAGAUAUAGAGCUGGGAUUGAAUCUUGUUGCCGAAGUACAGCAGUAUGCAUCACAAGCAGCUCAAUUCGAGUCGAUUUUGAAUAGCCCCAUUGAACAGAAUGGGUUGAAGAAAUACUUGUCUACCUUGAUCCAGUCCAAGAAGUUACUCAAGGAAAUGAAAUCCAAUGUGGGGGGUUUCAAGGGUGUGUUGGUGAACUUCCAGAACUCAAUAGAGAAGAGUGAGUACAGUUUGGUGACAUAUUUCAGGAGAAAUUUGUUGAAAGAUGGCGAUGUGAAUUUGGCGAAGUACGUAAAGCCCAACCAGGAUGCAAUUGGGCCUGGAGGACAGCAAGCGCCAGGAACAGCAGGGGCACCCUUAGCACCUGCUCAAAUACUGACGGUCAAAUUGAAGGAAAUUGCGUUUACCUUUGACUACUUUCACAAUUUGAAUCCCGAUGAUAAAUCUUUGGAUCAAGCAUACAUCCAGCAACGGUCGUCAUACUUGGUGCAAGCGAUUGGCUCGAUCGAGAACAUCACCACACCUGCGCUGAAAACUAAUAAGCAAAUCCCCUACGAGCGUGGUUCUAAUGGGAUUAAUAUAUACUCCAAGAUCUUGUGUCGUUUGAUCGAGCAAGAACUGCAGCAACUUAAUGAAAUUAAUGAGAAAUUGGGCAGAGAGAAGAUCGAUGUUAACCUGUAUUUGUUUGACAUUCUUGGUAAGACGUUGAAUGAGGUAUACUCUAGCCAGAUCUUGAAAAUCAUGAAGUACGUAGAGGCACACAUGCAGACUGAUAGUUUGCUUGCAUUGGAAACAGUUGUUUGUGUCAAAGAAGUAGAAAUGACUGUCUUCAAAGUGAUAACUGCUACCGGAAUCACCACCAAUUUCAAGCAGUUUCUUGGCUCAUAUUUCAAUCUAAAGAAAUUGUGUCAAACGAUAUUCUUUGACUUGUUGAAAUUUAUUGAGCUGAAAAUCACUGCAUUAGAGAAAUUACCCAAUGACAAUGGUGUGCUGGAAGUUACAGUAGACUUAAUGUCUAGGAUAAGAAAAGUUAGUGAUUUCCGUGAACUGUGCCUAGAAAUUGUGUCAACAAUGAAAUUAGGUAGCUGGAUGAUGCAGACUCCUAAGCCUAAGUCCAUGAGUGUUUUCAGUUCAGUAUUGCCCAAUGCAGAGGUUCAGGAUGAACAUGAUGCCAGUUUCCUUUUAUCAUCAUAUUUCAGUGACUGUAUAGAUUCUAUAUUGAUUAAUUUGGAAAUCAUUACCAAGCUGGGAGAACUUAGGAUUGCUAAAAAAUCGGUCCAAGGAUACUUUCUUAUUACUAAUUUAACCCUUGUGGAGCAAAUCAUCAAUAGAUCUUCAGAACUUUAUAAGAGCUUGGGGUCAAUCGGAUUAGAGAGAUUGAGCAAGUUGAAAAAGAGAUUUUUGGUACUAUUCUUGGAUGAUUGGAACUAUGCUUCGUAUAUUAUUAUUAGAGAUAUGACUACAAUCACAGCUACCCAUGCAGCCACCACAAGUACGAAUUCAUCAGGAAAUGCGGUUGCAGCAGCAGCAGCUCCAUCAUCUUCUGGAUCACUCAAUAAUAAAGAAAAAGAACAAAUCAAAGAGCUUUUCAAGACAUUCAAUGAAUCAUUUGAAGAUGCCGUCAGCAAUUAUAAAAACUUCAAUAUUACAGAUCAAAAUCUUAGAGCAUACUUAACCAAUGAAAUUAAGAAACUUAUCAUGAAUACGUACUUCAAACUAUAUGACAAAUAUGGGACCGUUGAUUUUACAAAGAAUAAGUCGAAGUACGUUAAGUACGAUAAAAAGUCGUUUGAAGAUGUAUUGAAUAAUACUUUAUAG